AUGGCAUGGGUUUCGCUGCGCGGGCCAUGGCUCCGAGGGCUGCUGGCAGUGUUCGUGGCGUCCCGAGCCUUUUGCUGGGCCUCCAGCCGUACGUCGCGCUCGCGCGAGCGCGCGCAGGGCGACCGUGCCAAGUCGGCGAAGAGGAGGCUGGCGAGGCCAAGAAGUGGCCCCCACAAAAGCGGCGUGGUGGCGGAAGCGCGGCGCUUGGCCCCCCCGGCCCCAAGCUUCGUGCCAGGGCUGGUGCGCCCCGGCGUGGUUCAUGCGGAUGAUCUGGAGGAUGUCAUGGUGGUGGAUGAGGGCUCCGACUUUGAAGAGGUCGCGCGGUGGGUGAGGGCGGGGGGCCGAGCGUUGGUGGUCGGCCACUGGCGGGACCUGGAGCAGUGCCGGGCGGGCCUCCUCAAGCCCCUGCGAGAAGAGGCGGCGAACGCCCAGGAGGCAGAAGAGCACAGGGCCCAGAAGAAGCAGCUCUCGGACCGCUUGCUGGGCCCAGUGGGGCUCCAGGGCCAAAUUGCGCUACAGGGAGCUCCACCGGCGGAGUUCCUGCAGUCACUGUACGGAGACUUGAUUGAGGAUGCCAAGCGCGAAGGCCGGGCUUCGGCCUUCGCUUUGCCUUCUGGUGUCUUGAUGGGACUGGUGAAUGCCUGGCAGUAUUUCCAGGGCGGCGUGCGCUUUCCGUUCCUGAAGUCUCCGGUGCUUUCUGGACCAGUGAGGCCGUUCUACGGGGUCUAUGCCUCGCCGCGUCCCUUGGCGCAUUUCGACCUGUUGAUCGAGUGGCUCCAGAACCGCAGCAGCCAGCCCAAGCGUGCCCUCGAUUUGGGAACGGGCUGUGGCGUCGUGACUUUGAUCUUGCAAAGGAUCGCCUGCGUGGAGGAGGUGGUGGCGAGCGACAUCAGCCCCAACGCGGUCUACGGAGCAACGGAGGAGUUCAAGCGUCACGGCCUCGGCGUGGAGGUGGUUUGCUCGGACCUCUUCUGCGAGCUAAAGGGCAGCUUCGACCUGGUGGUCUUCAAUCCGCCCUGGCUGCCGCUACCCAAAGUGGACAAUGAGCCUAGGACGGCGCUGGAUGGCGGCAACUUCUAUCCGGAGGAUCUGUUCCGCCGCUUCUUCGACGGCCUGCCGGAGGUCCUGACGCCCGGUGGACGGGCGCUGCUGCUGUUCUCCAACCACGCGGUGAGCAGAGGCUACGUGAAGGAGCAUCCCUUCCGCGCGGCCUUGGCACGUAGCACGUCCAAGACGGCGCUGGCCGCCGACGUCGUCACGAGGGAGUUCAACAGCCAAGGGAGGCGCCGGCGAAGUGGACGCCCGCAAGCGGGCGAGAUAGACGAGCCCUGUGCAGAACUCUGGGAGUUUCGACUCGUUUCCCAGGCUGGCCAAAAGAAGCGGCCAUCGCACGAUUCAUGGGGACAUGUGCGGACAUUUGCAACACAAUCGUCCCAACGAAGCAGACAUGAUCGUCCCAACGAAGCAGACAUGGUGCUUGCGUGUCGUUUGGGGGAGUAG